GCGAGUGCGGCUGCGGGAGACGGGAGGCUGCCCCCGCCCCGGGCCCGCGCGGCCAUGAACCUGGAGCAGCUGCGGAAGCGAGUCCGGCAGUACCUCGACCAGCAACAGUAUCAAAGUGCUCUAUUUUGGGCAGAUAAAGUAGCUUCACUCUCUCAUGAGGAGCCCCAGGAUGUGUAUUGGUUGGCUCAGUGCCUCUACCUGACAGCUCAGUACCACAGGGCAGCCCAUGCACUGCGGUCCCGGAAGCUGGACAAAUUAUAUGAAGCAUGUCGUUACCUUGCAGCUAGAUGCCAUUAUGCUGCGAAGGAGCACCAGCAGGCCCUUGACAUUCUCGACAUGGAGGAGCCCAUCAACAAAAGACUAUUUGAAAAGCACAUAAAGGAUGAAAGUGGCUUGAAAGACUCCUCCAGUGACUGGGAAAUGUCAGAGUCCUCAAUAAAGAGUUCUAUUUGUCUUCUACGGGGGAAAAUCUAUGAUGCGCUAGAUAAUCGAACUCUAGCUACCUACAGCUACAAAGAAGCUUUGAAGCUCGAUGUCUACUGUUUUGAAGCAUUUGAUCUUUUAACAUCACACCACAUGUUGACAGCACAAGAAGAAAAAGAACUUCUCGAAUCGCUACCUCUUAGCAAGCUCUGUGCCGAAGAACAGGAAUUGCUACGUUUUCUGUUUGAGAACAAAUUAAAAAAGUAUAAUAAGCCUAGCGAAACUGUCGUCCCUGAGUCAGUAGAUGGCUUGCAAGAGAAUCUGGAUGUGGUAGUGUCUUUAGCUGAGAGACAUUAUUAUAACUGUGAUUUUAAAAUGUGCUACAAGCUUACUUCUGUAGUGAUGGAAAAAGAUCCUUUCCAUGCAAACUGUUUGCCUGUGCACAUAGGGACGCUUGUGGAGCUGAAUAAAGCAAAUGAACUUUUCUAUCUUUCUCACAAACUGGUGGAUUUAUAUCCUAGUAAUCCUGUGUCUUGGUUUGCGGUGGGAUGUUACUAUCUCAUGGUUGGUCAUAAGAAUGAACAUGCUAGAAGAUAUCUCAGCAAAGCCACGACGCUGGAGAAGACCUACGGGCCCGCGUGGAUCGCCUAUGGGCAUUCGUUUGCGGUGGAGAGCGAGCACGACCAAGCCAUGGCCGCCUACUUCACCGCAGCGCAGCUCAUGAAAGGGUGUCAUUUGCCAAUGCUGUAUAUCGGAUUAGAAUAUGGUUUGACCAAUAACUCAAAACUUGCUGAAAGAUUCUUCGGCCAAGCUCUGAGCAUUGCACCGGAAGACCCUUUUGUGAUGCAUGAGGUGGGCGUGGUUGCCUUUCAGAAUGGAGAAUGGAAAACAGCAGAAAAAUGGUUUCUCGAUGCUUUGGAAAAAAUUAAAGCAAUUGGGAAUGAGGUGACAGUUGACAAAUGGGAACCUUUGUUGAACAACUUGGGGCAUGUCUGCAGAAAACUUAAAAAGUACGAUGAGGCCCUGGACUACCACCGCCAGGCCUUGGUGCUGAUUCCUCAGAACGCGUCCACCUACUCCGCCAUAGGCUACAUCCACAGCCUGAUGGGCAGCUUUGAGAACGCCGUGGACUAUUUCCACACAGCCCUUGGUCUUAGGCGAGAUGAUACAUUUUCUGUUACAAUGCUUGGUCAUUGCAUCGAAAUGUACAUUGGUGAUUCUGAAGCUUAUAUUGGAGCAGACAUUAAAGACAAAUUAAAAUGUUAUGACUUUGAUGUGCAUACAAUGAAGACACUAAAAAACAUUAUUUCACCUCCCUGGGAUUUCAGGGAAUUUGAAGUAGAAAAACAGACUGCAGAAGAAACGGGGCUUACACCAUUGGAAACCUCAAGGAAAACUCCAGAUUCCAGACCUUCCUUGGAAGAAACCUUUGAAAUCGAAAUGAACGAAAGUGACAUGAUGUUAGAGACAUCCAUGUCAGACCAUAGCACAUGACUCCAGACAGUGGUCCUGCCAUUUGUCCCCUGUAGUCAGUGUUCCCUCACCCCCUUGCCAGGCCUAGGGAUCCCCUUCCUAACAGGAACCCAAAUUACAUCCCUGCGUGUAGGAACAGAGACCUGUCACACGCCUUUGCAACAGACAUGUUCUCAUCCUCUGAACCCACAAAAUAAUUGUAUGUAGUGGAAUAAAGAAGGUAAACCAUC